AGGUGGGUAGUUAUCACAACUCUGAAUUUUGAUGUUUAGUUGUCGUCGCAAAAGUGGGACAAAUAAAUUGAUAUGAGUGGUUAAUUUAGCAGUAAACCUGCGUGAAAACGUACGCGUGCGCGGUCAAGGUCAAGGUCGUUUGCUUGUCGUGAGUGCGCCGGAAUCAGAUGCAUACUAAUUGCAAGUCGCGCCCCCAACAGCAGCAGUGUGUGAUUGUGUGUGUGUGUGUGUGUGCGUGCGUACAUAUAUACUAUUUCAGAUGUAAUUGACUAAAAGCAGAGGUCAAAAGUGCACGUUGGCGUUGAGCAAACCAGUUCAAACCAAAUAAAAUGCAGCAUUUGAAAUGCAUGUAUGACGUGAAUUGAAAUUAAUACUAUGUAUGCCAUGAUAUUUAAUGAAACGGCAGUAAUUGUUUUUGUUUUGCAUUAGAAAAGAAGAGAAAAAUAACUUGUUGUGCUUCUUCUUCUGCGCGCUGCCGUUCGCAGCAGUACAGCAAAGUUUUGUUCGUUGACCAGAAAAAAUUCCUUUGUUGAUAACAAAAAGAGAGAGAUAGUUGGGGAGAGCGCACUCGACAGACAGCCAGAAAGAGAGAGAGAGCGAGAGCGAGCCAAGGUGCUAGUGUCAGCUGUUUUAUGUUUUGAUUGUGUGCCUAUGUGUGUAUGUAAUCACACACCAAUGGCAAUCCCACAGGUUUCCAGCUCUGCUUCGUGGAUCGCUUGAUCAGUUCUGUCUCUGUCUCUGAAAUUGAAAAGUCGUCAAGUGCGACGCGGCGUCGCGACUCGUGAGUGCUUAUGAGAGAUUCUACAGUUAAACUGUUAUAUCAGCUACUGAGCGUUUAUUAUCUGCCAUACACACGCACACAAACACAGACCAGAGUGCGCCUGUAUGCGUGCAAAUGCUGAUUAUUGUGACUACAUAGAUAUAGCGUCGGCACACGCGUAAAAAGCGGGCGUGUUUCCCAUCGUGAGUCGGUGAAAGGCGUCAAGUGGACAACAACAAGGCAACGCAACAAGUGCAGGAAAAAAAAUAAAAAAUAAUUAUAUGUGUGUAGAAAAAGAGAACAAUAAUUUGUACGAGUGUGUGGUGUAAAUUUGGGGUGCAAUUAAAAAAUGUGCUAAUUUAUAAAUAUCAACAAAAUAGUGGAGCGCAGUGUGAAUUUUCUAAAUUGUCAUAAAUAAACUCCAAGUGUUAAUUUGAGCCACAAUAUUUUGAAACAUGUGCGCGCUUGUAUAAUAAAUUUCAAUUAAUUACAAUUACAGCUAUACAUAAUUUGAAAAUGUAUAAAAUGCAAGAAAUUGCUGCAACAAUUAAGAAUAAAUAAACAAACAAUUACUACAAGCGAAACGUAAUUACUCAAAGUGCCACAAUCAAUAAAAAACAAAAAGGAAAAAAAUGAUGUUGAACAAAUACGAGAGCUAUCAACGCACAAACAAUAUGUUCCCGCAUCAGCAACAACAACAACAAUCGCAGCAGCAGCAGCAGCAGCUCUCACAGCAGCAACUUAACCAAUUGUCGCAGCUGCAAUAUGGAACUGCGGGCAGCACUGCAGCAGAGCUGACGGCAGCGGCGGCUAUGCUGGCCGCCUCCAAGGCGGAGCGCGAGUCCAUACACUCGGGACAGUUUAUGGUGUCGCACUUUGAGGCCGAGGAGGCGCAGGAUGAUCUCGAGGAUGAUGGUGAGGUGAAAAUGCUGGAUCCAGAGGAUCCCAGCCUGGACAAAGCCGGCGAGCCGGCAAACACUUGUCGCGACGUGCAGCUGUAUGUGCCACAGACUGUGGUGCACUUUCCGCGCAUGGACAUGGAUCGCGAGUGCGAUGACAACGACAUGAGCAUGGUCACCUCGCAUCUGGAGAUUGAAACUUCGCUGACCAAACUGUUUAAAUGCAUGAACCUGGCCUACAGCCAGAAGCUCACGUCACCCAAAUGGAACCAUUUCAAAGGUGUGCGAUUGCGUUGGAAGGACAAAAUACGUUUAAACAAUGUCAUCUGGCGUUGCUGGCAUAUGCAGUUUAUACAAAAGCGCAGAACGCCGGUGUGUCAAUUCGCAUCGCCGCUGGACGUUGAUAUACAUAGUAAUCCUCAGACCGUUGUGCUUGAAGGCAAAUACUGGAAACGUCAUGCAGCUGUUAUCAAAGCUGAGUACAGAAAAUGGCGCAAAAAUUAUAAAUCAAAAGCAAUUGGCUGCUUGACCUACGAUUCGAAGAGUGAGCUGGACUUUCUGGAAUGGUCACCGCCAAAUGAUAGAAACUUGAUUCCAGACGACUGGACUACAGAUACUUUGUUCUCAGCCAUCAAUGUGCCAUUUCCCUUUCCCGAUUCCAGAGAAAUUGCGCGCGGUGCGGGCAUUGCGGACUUUAUACAGCCCAGUCUGGGACCGUUGCAACCGAAUUUAGAUGAUAUCGACAUUACUUUCUCAGAUUUAAAAUUUCUUGCAGAUUUGCUUACCGCCACAUCGUCCCGCUUGCCGCCCGUGCCCGAGGAGGGCACCGAUGCCGACAUGCUCAAGAGCGAUGACUACUGCAUCUCAGCAAUUGUUGGCGCGCCACACACGCUCUACAGCAGCAGCGGCAGCAGCAACGACAACAACAUGAUGGAUGUGGUGGGCAGCAGCAGCGUAAACGAUGCCAACAUGCUGGAGCUGAACACGCCCAUUAACAAUAUGAACUAUGGCGACAUUGAGCAGCAAUUCGAGGUAACGCGCGCGGCUAAUGAAAUGCAAAUGCAUCAGCAGCAGCAGCAACAAAUGUUGGAUAGCAACUCGGUGCGCCAGCAUGUGGGCAAACACUUUGGCAGCAGCGAUAUGAGCAAUCGCUGCUCGUCCGGCGACAGCUUCAGCAGCAAGAGCGUCAUCAAUGGACGCAUUGCUAAGAAUACGCUGCGUCCUUUUCGCAGCACGCGCGAGCCGCACAACUACGACAAGGCGCAGCCCACGCUGCAUCAGACGAACCUCUAUCAGCAAAUGCUGGCGGAGCAGCAAAAGACGCAGCAGCAAAUGGCUGCAGGCGUUGUGCUGCAGCCGUAUCAAACUACACAGCAGCAGCAGCAACAGCAGCAGCAACAACAACAGCAGCAGCAGCAACAAACGCGUUUGCACUUUCCAACGCAGCAACAGCAGCAGCAACAAAAUGAAUAUAAUAUGCCAAGUUUUCUAUAUGCAAACAACUAUCAGCAGCAGCAACCACAGCAGCAGCACAAGCAGCAGCUUAAUGUUAAGGCUGAGCCACAUAAUACGGAUUUAAUAACUUUGCUUAACGAUGGUGCCUACAAUACAAUAAGUUAUAAACCCUAUCCGCAGUUUAAGAAAUCCGCAUCGACAGGCACUUUUUUGAAUGUGCCACGCGUCAAUCAACAGCAGCAGCAACAACAGCAGCAGCAGCAGCAACAACAGCAGCAAAACUAUUUGCAGCAGGAGCAACAGCCGCAACAGUUUCAGCUGCAGCAAUCACUUUCGCUUACUUUGGGUCUAAGCACACAGCAAUUGUUUCAAAUGACACGCCAGCAACAGCAGCAGCAACAGGCAACAAAUUCACAGCAGCAGCAACAGCAAUUGCAGCUGCAGCCACAAACUGUCACUAGUCUACUACAACAACAACAGCAACAGCAGCCCACAGCUGUGAGCGUUGCCUCUUGGGCCACGCCCAGCACAAACAUCUUGCCAAAGGAGAUGCAUCGCUCCAAUAGCUUACCGCUUAACGUAUCCCUGCCCAAGCUUAUACAUCAUGAGCAGCCAGCACAGCCGCAGCAGCAGCAGCAACAACAACAACAGCCACAGCAGCAGCAACAUCAGCAGUUUGCUGUGCCCAAAUAUCAUGCCAAGGGCAAAUCUCGCGUGCGCAGCAAUUCAAUGCAUCAGCAACACACUGUUGUGGCUGCAGGCGGUGGCUCGCCGCUCAGCAAUGGCCAUGGCAGCAACAGCAACAACAGCAGCACCAGCAAUUUGCUGUUAUCGCAGGCCACAAGCGAUCCCAUGCUCAACAGCACCUUAGCGCAAUUGCUCACCUCAAACACACGCCUGCAAGCAGUUGUUGCCAACAGCAAACAAUCCCAGCAGCAUCAAAAUUCUUCCGUCAAUGCCAUAACACCCACUUACUAUACAGUUAGCGAUACAGCGAGUCCAUUGCCAUUGCCUGUGAGCGUGCCCGUGCCGUCGCAGCAGCACUCGCCAAAGAAGUCCGCCUCGUUGCCUGUGGCCAUAGCCAGCGGCACGGCCACGUCGCUGCACAGUCCGCCUGCAAGUAAAAUGGUUAGCUUUGGCCAAACGACAACGAGCUAUGGCAGCAGCUUGAGCCUGUCGCCCGAGUCGCCGUUUCACGACUCGCAGGACUCGCCGCUGUCGCCGUCAUCGAGCCUAAAGUAUUUGCCGCGGGACACGCAGCGUCGUGCCGGCCACAUUCAUGCCGAGCAGAAGCGGCGCUAUAAUAUUAAAAACGGCUUUGAUACGCUGCAUGCGCUGAUACCGCAGCUGCAGCUGAAUCCCAAUGCCAAGCUGAGCAAGGCGGCAAUGCUGCAAAAGGGCGCCGAGCACAUCAAGCAGCUGCGCCAGGAGCGCAAUGUGCUCAAGGAUAAAAUCGAAGCGCUCAAAAUGGAACGCGAUGCGCUUAACAAUUCACUGACACAUUUGCACUCAAUUUUGCCUGCAAAUGGCGCGCCGGUAACGCGUCAGGGCACGGAGCAUGUGCGUCAGCUAUUCGAGAACUAUGUGCGCUAUAAUACGAUGAACGAUUGGAAGUUUUGGAUUUUGGGUCUUAUAUUAGAGCCAUUGCUUGCUUCAUAUACGUCCACAGUCUCGAGUGCCAGCCUCGAUGAGCUGCGCCGCACCGCUUUCCUUUGGGUUGACCAGCACUGUUCGCUCAUUGAUCUGCGACCCGCUGUCACGAACAAAUUAAAGUACCUAUCAAUGCACACAGAUAUUGUCUCGGAUCCGCCAAGCACACUGCAGGAAGAGGUGGCUAAGGCGCUGCACAACAGCAACGGGCAGCAUCCCAAUUUGCAUGGCUCCUAACCGAACUGGCUGCAAUUGUUACAAAACUUAUGUCAAGCAAACAGGCUCUGCUUUUUUGCUAGCCGCUGUAUGAACUGCAACGCGAACAGUUAUGUUCGUUUCUAUAUAUAAAACAUGUACAACAAAUUUAUGGCCAGCGUUUAUUGGCCGAAAUCAGCUAAAGUUAGAGCAAAGCAGCAAAUAGUGCCUAUAAUCUAAGAUUUUUAAGCGUAAAAUAAAC